AUGAACGCCCACCACUUUCUCGGCCGUGUCGCCGCCGCCCGCCACACUACUUGCCGUCUGGCCAUUCGUCAAUUUUCAUCAUCGAGGCCUGUAUGCGCCGCCUACCACUCUUACUCUCUCCCGACGCGCUCAUCGACAGAUGCGCGCAGUGAAGAGUUGGCCGAAACCUCGAUUGCCUUUCCCGAGGCCCUACCCAGGGUCCACGAGACACGACCGCCACCGUCCUCACCGGCAUCGCCCGCGCCCGCCGCAGCACCAUCACAACCGCCAGCACAGACUGCUCCAUCGACGUUAUCAUCAUCAUCAUCAUCACCGGCGGUGAAUCAACAGCAAGAGCAGCGAAUCCAAUCCGAUGCCAAGGCUACUGCUCCCGUCCCCGAGAAGCAGCCGCAAAAGGCCAAGCCGACAAGACCGAGGUCAAAGCUGCGACCGCGCAAGGCGGCCAUGAAGCUGACGGCCGCAGCCGUCGAGCAGCUGCGCAACCUGCUGGAUCAACCCGAGCCCAAGCUCAUCAAGGUCGGCGUGCGCAAUCGCGGCUGCAGCGGAUUGGCCUAUCACCUGGAAUACGUCGAUAAGCCGGGCGCCUUUGACGAGACGGUUGAGCAGGACGGCGUCAGGGUCCUCAUCGACAGCAAGGCGCUGUUUAGCAUCAUCGGCAGCGAGAUGGAUUGGGCAGAGGACAAGCUGAGCCAGCGCUUCGUUUUCAGAAAUCCGAACAUCAAGGAAGAAUGCGGCUGCGGCGAGUCUUUUAUGGUAUAG